AUGGAGGAUCCAAUGCUUAUGGGGCUAGAUCCCGGUAAUGAAUCAGCAGAUUUCAAUGGAAAUGACAAUGACAGAUUGGAUCCAAUAGGGCCCAGCAACGACGACCCAACUAUGGCAGAUCCUACAAUGGCAGAGGCACUUACCAAAACAAGACGUGUACAACCGAAACUAACCUCAGAUAUACUUUUGAGUAGAAGGGGUUUGCCAUAUCUAGUCAAGAACGGCCCUAAAAGACUUAGAAUCUCAACUAGCAGAAAUAAGCCUUACGACAACUUGUCACAGAUUGUUCAGUUUUAUCAGUUAUGGGCACAUGAACUAUAUCCAAGGGCAAAAUUUAAAGAUUUUAUAAAGCUUUGUCAAAAUAUGAAAAAUGAUAAAGCAGUCAGAGAAUACAGGACUGAACUAUGUUUAAGGGAGAUGAAUCCUUCCAGAUAUACGUCACUACAUGGGGAUCAUGAUGAGGAUGAUGAUAUUUAUCAAGAAUCAUCGAUAAGAGAGCCGCCCGCAACCGAAAAGGAACCCAAGCAGCACGAUGAAAGUGUUCCUAGUGCUGAGACUGGUGCUCAGCAAGAAGAGCAGGAUGUUCUAGAUACACAGGAACCGCCUCUGGAUACACAGGAACCGCCUCUUGAAACACGGGAUGAAGAUAUGCAGGAGGACGAAGACGCUAUGGAAGUAAUGAAAGAAUUGGGUUUUUAA